AUGGAUGUCACCAACGGCAUGAGGCCCAUUUUCGGUGGAUACCCCUUUCAAGGGCAAGGUCGCAUGAAUCAGCUCGGAGGUGUCUUCAUCAACGGCCGACCACUUCCGAAUCACAUUCGUCUGAAAAUAGUCGAAAUGGCUGCUGCAGGUGUUCGUCCUUGCAUUAUAUCUCGACAGCUUCGCGUGUCUCAUGGCUGCGUUUCGAAAAUUCUGAAUCGCUACCAGGAAACCGGCUCGAUCAGACCCGGUGUGAUCGGUGGCAGUAAACCGAGGGUUGCUACCCCCGAGAUCGAAGCAAGAAUCGAAGAAAUGAAGAGGGACAAUCCUGGCAUCUUCUCGUGGGAAAUUCGAGAAAAACUGGUAAAGGAAGGCUUCUCGGAUCCUCCAAGCGUCAGUUCUAUCAGUAGACUGCUCCGUGGUGGACGACCCGGUGACGAUGGAAAAAAGGAUUAUACCAUAGACGGUAUACUCGGUGGCGGUCGUUGUGGCGAUGAAUCAGAUACGGAAAGCGAACCAGGUAUUCCUUUGAAACGAAAGCAACGUAGAAGCAGAACCACGUUCACCGGGGAACAGCUAGAGCAACUGGAGACUGCGUUCCAACGGGCCCAAUAUCCUGACGUUUAUGCGAGGGAAGAAUUAGCUCAAAGAACUGGUCUUACGGAAGCUAGGAUACAAGUAUGGUUCAGUAAUCGCAGAGCACGGCUGCGAAAACACGCUGGCAGCAUAGCUCAUUCGGUAGCCGGUUUACCCUUGACUCCCUGUCAGUACGCGGCUAGUCAUGAACUCGCGCAGCUACCGCAAGUGCCUCAAAUGUCGGCCGGCAUACCGCAGGUACCAACUUCGUUACACCAUAGCCCGACGACGUUACAGCAAUCGAACGGCACCGGUGCGCAUCAACUCCCUGGAACGAACCCACAAAUACCAACCAGCACGUCCAUUACCCAAGCACCCACUACGAUCAGCAGUGUCCUCCCAGGUCACGCGGUGUCCAUCUCCGGACAUCUCAGUUCGUUGCAGGGACAUGCGAUGCAAAUUGGACAAGUCCCGACGAUCCAACCACCCGCAGCUCACGGGGCACCCGCAACUCUAUCACAUAACACAGGAAAUCCAGAUUGGUGCAGGGCGCAACUCGGUUGGGGGCAGUUCAGUCAUUUCCAAGGAGAAUAUACGUCGAGCCACCAACAUUCGUCCCAUACAGGACACAGUGGCACACAAUCUUCUGGUGCGGUGAAUUCUGUAUCGUCAGCGGAGUGGUACGAUCAGGGUUAUGAUUAUUCUCAACACAGUCAACUCAAUUAUCAUCGGAGUGCAAGUGGAAUAUUUUAG